AUGUGGACACGAACUCCAGAGGAAUGGCAGCAAGUCCUGCAAGAUUCUUCAGGACAAACUGUUCCGCUAGCAUGUACAGCUUUGCGCACCAUGGAAGACGGAAGUGGACGUUGGCAGAGUGGCAGCGUUCUGAGCUGGGACGCCGCAAGCCGACGUUACAAUGUCAGAUGGGUGAAUGGCCAGGAGGAUAAGGUCCUCAGCCUUCAUGUUUUUUUCGAGGGAGAUGAUCCAGUGGUCUUUGCAGACCGUUUGAAGAAAGCUUUGGAGCAGAGGAGGUAUGCAAACAGCCUGCUCAAGUAUCAUUUCUUUGUUGAUAGUAUGCCGGAAGAUCGUUCUCGCAAGAUUGGACGAGAAUCCGUGUCAAGAAUAUCGCGACUUGCCAAAGGGAUGUUGUGGGACGCGAAUUCAGAAUUUGCAGACAAGCUUGGCGGCAAGCUUGAGACAUUACUGCAGGAGGCGCAACGGGAGUACAUCCGUGUUCAGAAUUUGAUUACUUUCGAGAAGGUUCGCAGCCAGGGAAACCUUACUGUGCUGCCCGCAGACUUGAAGCUGCCACCACCUCCAGAGGCUGCCCCAGUGCCAUACAUGGCAGUCAAGGUGUUACCAUCAUGGGACACAAGCGCCAUGGGAGCGCCGGAUCCACAAGUUCCACGUGGCUUUCGGCAAGCCUUCGAGUGGUUUUGCAAGGCUUCGCUAGCGAUCAGGCCUGAGGUCUGCGCCGCCUUGCAGGUCACGCGUGGGAUGUGUUUAGACCUCCUCACGGAGAAAGUCUUCGAGACAGCAUUCAACUCACCGCUUCGACUUCAGGAGUUCUCAGAGCGCCAGGAAGCAUCCAUCAUGCGCCUGAAGGGCCGCCUGGGGAUGUGGGUGAAUACCAUCCGCAUGCGCAUAACUCAGUGCCUGCAACAGGCAACUGUGAAGUGGUACCACCUCAAUGAAACUUCGCUGGAGAACUACAGGGCAAGCCGUUUGCGGCCAAUGUUGGUGUGUUGUGGGCUGAUGAUGUCCAAUGCUUUCCUCCUGUUGGGUGAGGUCGCUGCAGGGACAACCUCACGACGUUCGCACGCAGCUCAGUCUGACAUGCGCGCACUCGUCAUUGCUAGCCUUGUCACCACUUCCAUGCAGAGUGAUUUUCAGGUGCAAGUUCUGGAGGCCUUGACGCCUCUCAGGGUUGAGAUGGCCAGCGACAGGACGGUGAAGGAGGAUGGCAAGGAAGAGACUGCAAUGCCCUCAGAGCAGGGUGGCUGUAGAAUGGCCGAAGCAGCUGCUGCUGAAGAUAAGAAAAAGACUGAGAAGAAAGGCGUGUGCCCAGAUUUGGUUUUUGUCAGUGAGAAGACAGAUUUGGCGGAGCUGAAGCAGGUGGCUGUGGGCAUCAACAAUGGUUUUGUGCAUGUGCUCGAUUGGCAGAAGUCUUUCCAUUUACCUACAGAAAGGUGCUCCUGCCUCAUCUUAUUCGAGAUCAUCAUUUGGACCGACCCUAUUUUCACACCCACAGAUGCCUGGGUGCAAGAUCUUCGUUCUCGCCUGGAGGUGAGAGAAAAAGGAGUCGACUGCUCAGACUCCAAGGGCGAAGAGUCUGUGCAGCUGCUCUUGAAGUACUUGGCAGACACGCUGGAGGUGAACAUCCAUGAAGCAACUGCUGCAUUCGAGGGCAUUUUCGCCAAGCUGCAAACACAGGUCUCCACCAUUGAGGAAUGCUCUGACAUGAAGGACUUCCUGAAGUCCAUUCCGAGCGAGCUGGCCAAGCUGGCGGGCGCUGUAAACGAAGCCAUCUCAUUGACCGACUUGGUCGAAGAUUUGCACUACGAGCUCCCGGCAGAGACGUUGGAAGCGCGGUGGGAGAUGUUUGGAUCCUCUGGGCUGGUGAAGUCCAGGGCAGCGAAGUGCCUCGAGUACUUGAACAACAAGCAUGAUGAGUUUCUGCAGGGUCAAGAGUCUGAACAGAAGGAAUUUGAGACUCGCCUGGUUCGACUGGAGGAGGUCAUUGAAAACUUCUCGCAGUACAAGGAUCUGGGGCAAGUUAGAGAAGUCGCAGAGAAGGUGCGGAGCACGUCCGAAGAGAUCAAGCAGUGCCAGGAUUUGGUCCGCAUGUUCAACUCUCGCGAGGUGCUGUUCGACCGGGACCAGACUGACUACUCCAACCUCAACACCAUGAUCAAGACCUUUGAGCCGUACAACAAUCUCUGGAAAACCGCCGGAGACUGGGUCAACAACAAGGAGGCGUGGCUGCGCGGUCCGUUCGAUGAGAUCGACCCUAGAUACUGCGAGAACGAGGUGACGAAUGGCAUCCGUUUGCUCUUCAAGACCAUUCGAACUCUGAAGGAGAACGAAGAGACCAAGUCCAUUUGCGGCAUCGCCGAGCAGAUCAAGACGGAGCUUGAAGAGUUCAAGCCAAACCUGCCACUUGUCACCGGUCUUCGCAAUGAGGGCAUGCGACAGAGACACUGGGCUACCCGGUCGAGCGUCCAAGUUGGGCCUGGCAUGGACGGCGGCUUCACACUGCAGAGGAUGCUGGAUCUCGGUCUGCUCAACUUUGCGAACGAGGUCGCAGAGGUGGGAGAUCGUGCAGGUAAGGAGUAUGGUCUCGAAAAGACGCUCAACAAGAUGAAGGCAGACUGGGAACCUCUGCAGUUCGACUUGUCAGAGAAGUACCGGAAAACGGGCACGUACGUCUUGAAGGGAGAUGGCGAGGCGAUGGUUCUUCUGGACGAGCAUAUCGUCACAACGCAGGCGAUGAUGUUUUCCACUUUCAAAGGCCCGUUUGAAGAGGAUAUCGAUGAGUGGAAUGCGCGCCUCAUGCGCGUGUCAGAAACACUCGAAGAGUGGUUGAAAUGCCAGAAGGCCUGGAUGUACCUCCAACCCAUCUUCGACUCAGAUGACAUCAUGCGCCAACUUCCCACUGAGGGAAAGCGCUUCAAGCACGUCGACGCCACCUGGCGUCAGGAGAUGAUCAACACAAGGGAGAAUCCGAAGAUCAUUGACAUAUGCGCCACGGAGGGUUUGCUCGAGAAGUGGCGUGAAUGCAACAUCACCCUGGACAUGGUGCAGAAGGGCUUGGAGGACUACCUGGAAACGAAACGGAACGGCUUUGCGCGCUUCUACUUCCUAUCCAACGAUGAGCUGCUGGAAAUCUUGUCGCAGACCAAGGAUCCGACAAGAGUGCAGCCCUUCCUGUCAAAAGUCUUCGAGGCCAUGUCCAAGGUCAGCUUCACUCCAGACAACGAGAUCUCCCUCAUGGUGUCGCCGGAAGGAGAGACGGUUGAGAUGGUCGCACCAAUAGUCACGCACCAGAAGGCGGUCGAGGUAUGGAUGGGAGACCUGCAGGAUGGUAUGUGUGGAGCAAUCCGCAAUGCUCUGCAAGUUGGCAUCGGCACCUACCCAACCAUGGAGCGUACCGAAUGGGUGCUGUCAAAUGCUGCCCAGAUUGUGCUCAACGGUUCCCAGGUGUUCUGGACUUCUGAAGUUGAAGAAGCUUUUCUCCCCGACUACGCAAAGAAGCUUUCACAGCAGAUCCUGGAUCUGAUUAUGCUCCUGCGUAAGGGGGUCACCAAGUUGCAGACAAAGACGAUGAACGCUCUGAUUGUCAUUGACGUGCAUGCGAAGGAUGUGAUUUGGGGCUUCGUUGAGCAGGGCGUGAAGGACAAGUUCUCCUUCGAGUGGAUCUCCCAGCUUCGCUACUACUGGGAAGUUGAUGACCGGCAGCAGGAGAACAUGUGGGUCAAAUGCGUGCAAACAUCCUUUCCAUAUGGUUAUGAGUACCUGGGCAAUUCCAUGAGACUUGUCAUCACGCCGCUCACUGACAUGUGCUACAUCACCUUGAUGGGAGCCCAGUCCCUGAGCUUGGGAGGAGCUCCUGCAGGCCCUGCGGGUACGGGGAAGACCGAGACCACGAAGGAUUUGGCCAAGGCCCUCGCCAAGCAGUGCGUGGUCUUCAACUGCUCACCAGAGAUGGACUACAUUAUGGUGGGCAAGUUCUUCAAAGGCCUGGCCUUCUCCGGAGCCUGGUGCUGCUUUGACGAGUUCAACCGGAUCAACAUCGAGGUCUUGUCCGUCAUUGCCCAGCAGCUCAUGGUCCUUUUUGGUAAGAAGGCUGAGCAGCUUGGCCGACUUUGGU